AUGCAGUCACAGCAACUUACGCAAGGUGGUCGUGGAAGAUGGUCCUACCCCAAUGCCAACAGGGCUUUCUGCCUAUCGGCUCAUGGUAAGGGGACACGCCUAGUGUUUUGGGGGCAGAUCCCGUCAAAUGUACUUGAAACAGAAGAGAAGGAGUUUUGUGAUAAGAUCGACCCCCGAGCGCCAUUCACAUCAAUGGUCGUUGCACAUGAUUGCCGUCUGAUUAUGGGUCCUGGAAGGGAGGGCGAUGUCUUUGGAAUAGUUGCGCUGGUUCCAGAUGAGCGGAUGAACGAGGAUCCAAACGCAACACAGUCUUGGGUUUCAGAAGGAAAACUAGAUAAGUUGAUGGAAACUUUCUCAGAAUUCCCCCGAUGGAUCACGGAUAUUUUCAAAUAUCCAUCUCGAGCGAGCACCACGUCGCUUUCAAUGAUGUCGGAUCAAUGUUGA